CACUGCGACAGAGUUCACUUCAGUCGCUGUUUGGCCAUCGAGCGCGCCGAGUCGAGUCGGGACGAUUCGCGCUCUGUCGCUUAUCGUUCCUCGCGAACCCUCUUGUGACAGCCGAUCCACGAUCGUCGUUUAUCGCAACGAUUGCGUCGUCGGAGCUUGUGCCUAACAUCCUUGUGUCUCUGUUCAUCGAAAACGAGACGCGAGAUUGUUUCGUUUCGCGAUUUUCCGCGCGCGAAAGGUCUGUCUCUCUCUCAGUUGCUCCAGGACACAUGGGCUCCCAACACGAGGGAUGGAGGAGUUAGCGUGAUGCACCUUACAGAUAACAUGCUCCUGGCUGCAGUGCGUGGACGGAGCUUGGUGGAAUAGUCGGUGCUCGUCGAUUCACAGCGGCUGGGAAUCACUCGGCAGCUUCGUCCUUUCCCGACGACAAUCGAGGACCAUGAAGAUAUCUUCGAGCCUCCACUCGAGGAUCCUCGCCUGGAUUUUCUGCCUGUUCGCUGUUCUCCUGCUUCCUUCCAGAACAAGCGCCUUGUGGGAAAACUGCACUGACUUCCUGGGUGAAACGGUUAAACACGGUCUCCUCUAUGUGCCAGGACCUGCGGUUUGCAGUCUCUGUGUUUGCUAUCAUUCGGAGCCAAUGUGGUGUAAAGCUAUCUACUGCACGCCACCCUACAAAUGCAAGAGGUUUCGAGUUGGCGAACGUUGCUGCGAGUUCGAGUGCCUGGACGGCUCAGACGAGGAGUGGACCGAGUCGGACAGGAUCAUCGCUGCAUCCUCGGGGAUCCAGAAGCAGAGUGCAGUUUGGAUGAUGGGUUUGAUCGCCUUGCUGAAGGCGCUCUAGUUCUCAGAAUUGAAAACCACCCGGACGCGUCAAUCAGAAUGUCAACGACGGUGAAGACGAGCACCAGGGAUAGGAGAAGGUACAGUGUAGUCAGGGCUGGAUUAAGGCAUGGACUUUAGGGGCUACAGCCCGUGAACCUUCACCAAGAGUCACCUUCGGGCUACGGACUGUUUAUGUAUAAUAUUCACGCGGAUGCUGGACGUCGGGUCAGUUUGACCCAUAAUGAUAUUAUUUCUGUACGCAUUCAGGAUGGAAGUUUUAGAUCAGAUUUUUACAUUAUUACAUUUUUAAAUCACUUUGAUUUUAUGUGUAGGGGCAAAUUCUAUUCAGUUGGCAUGAAUUAUUUUCCUGAAUAUAAUGUUUAUUUUUCUUACUUCGUAUCCUCUUCAGGAAUAAAUAAAAUACAUUCACUCCCAACGCACGAGUGUAGAACGGAGCUAACUAACUUGGAUUUGCCCCUGCAACUAAAAACACACUCGAAAGUGAACUGAAUUCGAAUUACUUCUUUGUGUUUGAAGAAAGAAAUUCCUUUCAGUUUUAGUGAUAAUAAGAAAUGUUUGAAGGUGAGAAAACUAUAUUUGCCAAGUGUUAUAUAAAUGAAUAGUCUUGUAAAAAUAAAUUUAAUUUUCCUUUA